AUGACACUCUCAGAGAUAGCACUCGCAACACAGAAAGAUGAAGUUUUACAAUCUGUCAUGGAGAGAAUCUCACGAGGUGAUUGGACCGGCGUAGACAAAGAUUCUGAUUUAUUUCCUUACAUGAGAGUGAAGGACAAACUUCCUAUCGUUAAUUACGAUGAAGGCAGCAUUCUUCUGUAUGAAACAAAAAUCAUUAUGCCUCACACUCUUUGUAAAAGAGUCGUUGUUGACCUCGCCCAUGAAGGACAUCAAGGAAUAGUAAAGACUAAACAGUUUCUGAGAAGUACAACAUGGUUCCUUGGUUUAGGACAGCAAGUAGAAACUAUAUGCAAGCAAUAUUUCCGAUGGUGGAAAUUGUUUGUCAUUCCUGUAUUUGACAAGAUAUUUUCUAUAUUUGGUAUACCAGAAGUUCUCAAAACUGAUAAUGGACCACCAUUUCAAUCCAGUGAGUUUGCGAAAUUUGCCAGCUACUUAGGAUUUCGUCAUCAGAGAAUCACACCUUUGUGGCCAAGAACAAACAGUGAAGCUGAACGCUUCAUGAAAACUUUGAGCAAAGCCAUCAAAACAUCCAAUGUGGAAGGACUCAACUGGAAACAGGAGCUCUAUAAGUUUCUCCGCAAUUAUCGUGCUAUGCCACACAGCACAACAUCAGUGUCACCAGCUGAAUCACUUCUAGGACGACAACUUCGCAUAAAGCUCCCAGGAAUCGAACAUAGUUCUACUACUCUUGACCGACAAGUGAUGAUAGAACGGGACACAGCUCGCAAACACGACAUGAAGCAGUAUGCAGAUCUAAAGAACCAUGCAUCAAAAAGUGACAUAAAGGUUUACGAGUGA